CUUCCUGCAAUCACAGUGUAAACAAGUAAUCAGUACUGGAUGAUAAAGACUGUGGCUGAGCACAACUAACUUAAGUAACCUUUAAAUAACCUUCACUUCAAACUUGGCCCACCAUGGCAACAAAUGGACCAUGAUGAGUAUUAGUUGCUAACAAGGACAAGGAGGAACUUCAUAUGUGAGAGUUUCCAAUGAAGUUCCAGAACAUCCUGUCAUAUCUCCAGCAUCAGGAGCUAUAUUUGAAAGACGUCUGAUUGAAAAGUACUUGUCCGAGAAUGGUGUAGACCCCAUCAAUGGCAAGGAACUUUCAGCUGAUAUGCUCAUUGAUGUUAAAACAACACCAGUGGUUAAACCAAAGCCUCCAUCAGCAACAAGUAUCCCAGCUAUUUUAAAAACACUUCAGGAUGAAUGGGAUGCUGUAAUGCUACAUAGUUUUACUCAGCGUCAGCAGCUUCAAACUGCAAGACAAGAAUUGAGCCAUGCUUUGUAUCAGCAUGAUGCUGCCUGCCGUGUAAUUGCUCGACUCACUAAGGAGGUCACUGCUGCUCGUGAGGCUCUUGCAACACUUAAACCGCAGGCUGGAAUUACAGCGAACCCAGCAGGAAUCCCUCAGCCCGCAAUUGCUGUAGAAGCAGGUGGUAUAGCAAACCAACCAACGGAGCAAGCAGGCAUGUCGGCUGAAGUUAUUCAGAAGCUACAGGAUAAAGCAACUGUUUUGACCCAAGAAAGAAAGAAGAGAGGACGAACUGUACCAGAGGAUUUAAUUUCUCAUGAUUCCAUACGCACCUUCCACACACUUGCUUCACAUCCUGGUCUUCAUAGUGCUAGUAUCCCAGGCAUUCUGUCUCUUGAUAUCCAUGGUGCAGACACUAGCAAAAUAUUGACAGGAGGAAAUGACCGUAAUGCCACUGUUUUCAAUAAGGAUACUGAGCAGGUUGUGGCUAUUCUGAAGGGUCAUACCAAGAAAGUUACACGUGUUAUCUAUCAUCCUGAUGAGGAUUUAGUGAUAACAGCAUCUCCAGAUACAACCAUUCGGGUGUGGAAUGUUCCAACGUCACAGACAACUCAAAUGCUUCGAGCACAUGAAGGUGCAGUUACGGGUUUGUCGCUUCAUCCAACAGGGGAUUAUGUUCUUUCAACAUCGACAGAUCAGCACUGGGCUUUCUCUGACAUCCGAAGUGGGCGUUUGCUCACAAAGGUAGCUGACCAAGGUUCAAGUGGUAGCGCAUUAACAACAGCUCAGUUUCAUCCUGAUGGUCUCAUCUUUGGUACAGGAACUUCGGACUCCCAAGUCAAAAUCUGGGAUUUAAAGGAACAGUCAAAUGUAGCAAAUUUUCCAGGUCACUCGGGUCCUAUCACUGCUAUCUCAUUCUCUGAGAAUGGUUACUACUUGGCCACAGCAGCUGAUGAUGCAUGUGUUAAAUUGUGGGACCUGCGGAAGCUAAAGAAUUUCAAGACGUUACAGAUGGAUGAAGGUUAUGAGAUUCGAGAUCUCUGUUUUGACCAGAGUGGUACAUAUCUUGCUGUUGCUGGGACAGAUGUUAGAGUGUACCUGUGUAAACAGUGGCAAGAAUUAAAAGUAUUUAAUGAUCAUACAGCUAUGGCUACUGGAGUGAGAUUUGGACGCCAUGCUCAGUAUAUUGCCUCCACGAGCAUGGACAGAACCCUUAAACUGUAUGGUUUGUAAUUACAUAUGAAUACACUAUUUUUUGCUGUGAAGAAGGUAGAGUUUGAUUCAGCUGGAGGGUGAAUUUGCUGCACUCACAUGAAUUGAUAAAUUACAGGAAGAAUUUUUGAUAGAAGAGAGCAAAGGGACAUUACCUUCUUCAACACAACUAUUUCACAAAAUGUGCUGAUGUCUGUAAUCGCAGGAAGAAAUUUAUAUAUAUAUAUAUAUACAGGUGUCCCAGGAGGAAUGGACCAAACUUCGGGAGGGUGUUCCUUA